AUCCGGGUCUCUGGCCACAACAUCAGUCUUUCGAUAAUUCUCUCCCUUUUUAACUUUAAAAAGGCAACCCACAUAUAUCAAUUCUCUUUAAUUAAUAAAUAUGGACAACGAAAAAGUUCAAGUAGUCAGCGAAACAACCACUAUCGAACAUGUCGAUACUUACAAAUCUGAACAAUCCACCACAGAAAAGCGUCACUCUUUAAAGCGUGGGCUUAAGGCUCGCCAUAUCCAAAUGAUUGCUUUGGGCGGUACAAUCGGUACCGGUCUCUUCAUGGCUUCUGGUAAAGCUAUCGUAAAUGGCGGCCCUGGUGGUGCUAUUGUUGCUUAUGGUCUUGUUGGUAUUCUUGUCUAUUGUGUUAUGAUGAGCUUAGGUGAAAUGGCUGCUUUAAUUCCUGUUGCUGGCUCCUUCUCUCAUUUUGCUACUCGUUUUGUUGACCCUUCCUUGGGGUUCUGCGUCGGUUGGAUUUACUGGGCCAAUUGGGCCGUCGGUGUCGCUGUAGAGCUUACCGGUGUUGCCAUGAUCAUGGAAUAUUGGGUCAAAUCUGUCAACAGUGUCAUCUGGAGUGUUAUCUGUCUUGCUAUUCUCGUCGCUAUCAAUGUCUUUUCUGUAAAAGGCUAUGGUGAAGUCGAAUACUGGAUGUCAUUUAUCAAAAUUUUGAUCGUCGUUAUUUUCAUCAUCGUUGGUCUCUGUGUUGAUACAGGAGCUGUUGGUGGUGUUUAUAUUGGUGUCUCAAACUUCCAUUUGCCUGGUGGCGCCUUCCCUCAUGGUUUCCUCGGUGUAUUCAAUGUAUUCAUUACCGCUGCCUUCUCUUUCAAUGGUGUUGAAAUCGCUGGUAUCACUGCUGGUGAAUCUGCCAAUCCUCACAAGACUGUCCCAGCUGCUGUCAAGCAAGUGUUUAUCCGUAUUGUCUUGUUCUAUGUCCUUUCCAUCUUGGUUAUUGGUCUUGUAAUCCCUUACACUAACACUCAACUCUUGAACGGCUCCAAAGACAUCUCUGUCUCUCCAUUCACUCUUGUCUUUGAAAAAGCUGGUGCCGCCUGGGCAGCUGAUUUGAUGAAUGCAAUCAUUUUGAUCACCAUGGUCUCUGCUGGUAAUUCAGGUGUCUACUCCUCCUCGCGUACUUUACUCUCCUUAGCUGAAGAUGGAUAUGCUCCUCGAUUCUUUACACGUGUCAACCGCUUCGGUAUCCCUAUCUGGUCUGUCUUGGCUACCUGCUCAAUUGGCUGUCUUGCUUUUCUGACCUCUCUUUUCGGAUCCGGUGUUGUUUUCACCUGGUUAACUUGCUUAACUUCACUUGCUGGUUUGAUUACUUGGGUUUCCAUCUGCAUCACCCAUAUUCGUUUCCGCUUAGGCUACUUGGCUCAAGGACGUUCGCUUACAGCACUUCCUUACGUUGCUCCUUUAUUCCCAAUCUGUGAUAUUAUUGUCAUCGUCAUUGGUACAAUCAUCAUUUUUGGUCAAGGUUAUGCGACUUUCAUCGCUCCUAUUCAAGCCUCUAAUGUUAUUUCCAGUUACAUUGGUUUAAUCCUUGCUGUUGUUCUCUAUGUCGGACACAAGUUAUGGAAACGCCAAGGUUUCGUCAAAUACGCCGACAUGGACUUUGAAACAGGUACUAUUCAAGACACUGUCCUUGAUAUUCGCAAGGAUGAAGGAUUAGAUGAAAAUGGCAAUCCUCUUCCUUUGUGGAAACGUAUUUGGAACAAGUUUAUAGAUAUCGUUGCUUAAAUUUUGUAAAUAAUGUUUUCAACAACAUAUGCAACAAAAUUCAUGUAUAUAGUAAUAUUUAGUUUUUAAUAUCAAAAUUACAUUCUUAUAUAUAUAACUCAUAAUAAAAUCAUCCUUUCAACAAGAACC